AUGACCCUCGUCGGAGCUGAUUAUCGUGCAAUUCUGAAUGCCACAUACACUACCAUGACCGCGUCUACCACUACCGCUGUCGAGAAACUGCAAUUGGCCAACCAACUACGUGGCCAAUGCUAUGAAGCACUUAAGCAGUCAGGCAGAUUUGAAGAGUUUGUUGAACGACUUAACUACUGCAAUGCACAAAACUACCUCAACCUAUCGGCACUUGAUACGGCCAACAUUAUCGCACUUGUGUCGAAGGCCGGUAUUGUACGCGGACUACAGUUAUGGCAGAACGGGGCUAUGCCCUCGAUCGGACCAGGACGCGGCCGAGGCCGACCCAGAGGCCGAGGUCGCGGAUCGUUCAGAGGACGUGGCAGCAACUAG